AUGGCUGCGCUGCAAGAGAAGAAGUCAUGCAGCCAGCGGAUGGAGGAGUUCCAGCGUUACUGCUGGAACCCGGACACGGGGCAGAUGCUGGGCCGGACGCUGUCGCGGUGGGUUCCGCGUGUCCUGCUCUCCCCAGGGGUGACCUUGAGGCCAGACGUCUACGGGGACAAGGGCCUGGACAUUUCCUACAACGUCUCCGACAACAGGACCUGGGUGGGCCUUGUGCACGCCCUGCACGGCUUCCUGGCAGGCUACUCGCCGGAGUCCCAGCAGGACAGCAUCAACUGCACCUCCGGGAAGUACUUCUUCCAGGAGGGCUUCGCGGCCCCGAACCACACCAAGUUCUCCUGCAAGUUCACGGCAGACAUGCUGCAAAACUGCUCGGGCCUGGCGGACCCCAACUUCGGCUUCGCGGAAGGAAGGCCGUGCUUCGUGAUUAAAAUGAACAGGAUCGUCAAGUUCCUGCCCAGCAACAGCACGGCGCCCAGGGUGGACUGCGCCUUCCUGGACCAGCACAAGGACGCCCGGCCCCUGCAGGUGGAAUACUACCCGCCCAACGGCACCUUCAGCCUCCACUACUUCCCUUACUACGGGAGCAAAGCGCAGCCCCACUACAGCAACCCUCUGGUGGCCGCGAAACUUCUCAACGUCCCCAGAAACACGGAAGUACUCGUCGUAUGCAAGGUCCUGGCCGACCACGUGACGUUCGACAGCCCCCAUGACCCCUACGAGGGGAAGGUGGAGUUCAAGCUCAAAAUCCAGCAGUAGAGAGCGGGGCGCCCGGCCGCCGAGCACCAGAGCUGCACCCCGAGCGCAGGCUGCCACCCGGACGCCCAGCGGCACUAGAGCCACCGGCUCCCGGCUAAAUCCUCGCUGCUCCUCAUCGACAGACCAUCCUGGCAGCAGGGAUCAAAACGCUGGGCCGACGUGGUGACCCCGAGGCAGCAGUUACCCACGAACAAGCCCCCACAGCUCGCCCUGGGUGGACUUCUCUCUCCUCACGGCGCCUCAGCUUUCCUGACCCCGUGACCUCCCGGCACCCACGU